GAGGAUUUUACCUUACUUGGAAACAUCGAUCAACAGGAACUUGUAAUAACUUCAUUUUAGAAAAAUGGCAGCGGCAAUGGACAUUGACGAUUCAGAACUCGGAGAAGGAUCAGGGAAUGGAGUGGACAAGUCAGGGAAGAAACGAUUCGAAGUGAAAAAGUGGAGUGCCGUAGCUUUGUGGGCAUGGGAUAUUGUUGUGGACAACUGUGCUAUUUGCAGAAAUCACAUCAUGGACCUGUGUAUAGAAUGUCAGGCAAACCAGGCAUCUGCCACUAGUGAGGAGUGUACUGUAGCUUGGGGUGUUUGUAAUCAUGCAUUUCAUUUCCACUGCAUUUCCCGAUGGCUAAAAACCAGACAAGUGUGUCCACUGGACAAUAGGGAAUGGGAAUUUCAAAAGUAUGGUCAUUAAACGAGCAAGAAACAAAGGAUCAGCAGACAAGUAUCGCUGUUAUUUGUAUUUACUAUAAAAUUAGUGUAUUGUGUUACUGAAUUUCGCUAUUGUUCAUGUAUUUCACCACAUCCAACUUGUCAGUUAAACUCAAUAAAUGACUGUGA